AAAAGCCGGCACUUGGGCGAAGCGCCAAUGUUCAACUUGUGACGCGCCAUUGGAGUGCCUUGUUCGCUUCCAUUUUGGCGCUUUUGUUUCAAAUUCCGGAGCCUCGUUGAAUGCCUGGAGAGCGAGCGACUAGUUGAAAGCCAUGGAAAUGGAUGGUCCGCUAGACUUCGAGUCGGAAGACCCACUCCUCAGUUCCCCUGUUUCUCUCAAGAAGAGGAAAAAGAUUAUCGGGUUAGAUGAUCUUCUCACUGAUCAUUACAAGGAUAAAUGCAAACUCGUUGAGAAAGAAUCUAAACAGGCAAAGAAGAAAAAGAAGUACGAUUCAGAUGAUGAGGACUUUGGCAAAGAGGCUGUGGUGUCCCAAGUUGUUGAUGAAUGCCAAAAUAAGAUGAAUCAAUUGGGAGGUGAGGAAGAUACAUCCAUAUGGGGCUUAAACGUUUUUGGAGAACAGAAACCCCCACCAGCAUUACAAAGUCCUGAACUCAAAAAUUGCUACCUUUUGCAAACAUUCCUGAAUAAUGAAGUUAACUCUUUGGUGAAUCUCACCGUGGAGAAAGGUGAAGCUUUCCUUGAAGGUUUAUUGGUAAACGGUUGGCUUUCAACGCUCGUUUCUGUGACGAAUCGUGUAGAAAAACCUCUUGCCAUAUGGACUUUCAAUUUAAUGUUAUAUUCAUCAAGAGAAGAACUAAGUACAUCUGCUUGUGAUUUCUGGAGGGAUAUCAUGUUAACAACAAAUGAGGUAAAUCAACAGCAUCUCCGAAUCGAGUGGUUUCCAACCUAUGCUCAGUUAGGAGAAGCUCUUGAGACUUAUGGAUAUAGAUUUGAAUGCUCAUU